AUGACGGAUAGAUUCCCACCUCAACAAUCUGGUGGUCAAGGCAGCAGUGGAAGCAGCUUGAGAGAUUCACUACUAAAAGCGAGGAUAGCAAAAUUGCCGCAUUUACCCGCAAUUGCUCCGAAUCGACAAGAAGCUGGAGCAAGUUCGCUGUCCAAUUUGAAUGAAGAUCAAGAUGAAAAAGUGGGUGACUCAUUAGGCUCGCUAUCUAUGCCAAAACCAACCAAAUCAUCCUCAAGACUACGAUCAGUUCAUGCAAACAUACAAGAUGAAUAUUCUCCAAUCAGCGCAGAUGAUUGCUUCUCAGAAGCUUUGGAGGUAGAUGUAGAUGAGGAAGAUCUGAGCGAGCAGAGAUCAGAUACGGCCGAUGUGAGGCCAACACAGCUGUCAGGCGACCAAGCUGCCUCAGAACCACGCUCUAGCGGGAGAAAGACGACCUUCAGAGUAUACUACACACCGCCAAAACGAACAGCCAAAGCCAGCAAGCCGUUUUCGGCAACAGCCACAGCUUCCGUCACGCCCAGUGAUAAACCACCUACUGUUUCUCUCUCUUCACUACAACAAAAUCAGGAAGAGGAUGACGAUGAAGAAGAUGAAAGCACCCCUACAAUCUUUCUGCUGCACCAUGGAGCAGGAUAUAGUGCACUUUCGUUUGCACUCGUUGCCAAAAGCAUCACGCAGCAAACCAAAGGGAAGGCUGGAGUAUUGGCCUACGAUUGCCGUGGGCAUGGCAAAACGGCUCAUCCGAACGAUGCAUCAUCAUCAAAACUAUCGCUUGACAGACUCACAAAAGAUGGACUGGCAAUUCUGGCAAAGAUGUUCCCUCCCGAUGCUAAGCAACCUAAUCUUGUCUUAGUGGGCCACAGUAUGGGAGGUGCUGUGAUUGUUUCAAUGGCUCAUGCUUUGGCAAAUUCGGCAAAAUCUUCCACAACGUCGAAACCAAGAGUGGCUGGUGUGGCAGUGCUGGAUGUUGUAGAAGGAACGGCAAUUGCUGCUCUGCCGAGUAUGAGAACGAUCAUUGCACAAUUGCCAAAAGGAUUCGAUUCGAUCCCAGAAGCAAUUCAAUGGCACAUCGAUAGCGGUACAAUCGUCAAUCCGCAAAGCGCACGUAGAAGUGUUCCGAGUCUACUGCGACCAAAUGAGAAUGUCACAAAUAGUGCUAAGCCCACUGUCGAAGAAGAGCCAAUGGAGGAAAUGAUAUCAGAAGUUGGAGCACAAGAUACAGAGAAGGUAGAAAGACCAGCAUCAAGCUUUCAAUUUGUAUGGAGACAUGAUCUACUGGCAACAGAGCCGUAUUGGAGAGGUUGGUUCGAAGGGCUGAGCGAUUCAUUCUUAAAGGUGAAAUGUGCAAGGUUGUUGCUUUUAGCAGGAACGGAUCGUUUAGACAAGGAAUUGAUGAUCGGACAAAUGCAAGGGAAAUAUCAAUUGGUUGUUUUUCCCGAUGUCGGUCACUCAUUACAAGAGGAUGCCCCUCAACGUACAGCACAAACAUUGGUCGAAUUUUGGCGGCGGAAUGAAAUGGUAGAUGUGAAAACAAUCAAGUCUUUGCGCAAAGUUGGAGAUUCGUAG